CCGAAAAUGGCGCUCGAUGUUCGGGGGAUGGAAGAUGGUGAACUCUCCGAGUCGGAUUCUGACAUGACGGACACGAUAACAAAUAGCGACCAGCCCUUGCAGUCUCCGCAGCCGAAAAUACCAGAUGGCAACAUUUCAUUCAGGCCUUUCCAGAGCAGCAUUUCAGUCUCCCCAGUAUCACAUUAUCGAACUAUUAAGGGUGUAGAAUCAAGUGAGGAAAGCUUUUCUGAUUCAGAUGAUGACAGCUGUCUUUGGAAAAGAAAGAGACAGAAAUGUUUUAAUCCUCUUCCCAAACCAGAGCCUUUUCAAUUUGGACAGAACAAUCAGAAACAGCACAUUCUGGGAGGGAAGAAGAUCAAUAACAUAUGGGGUGCAGUGCUACAGGAACAGAGUCAAGAUGCAGUAGCUAAUGAACUUUGUAUACUGGGAAUGGAGGGCAACAUUGACAAAAGCAGACAGUCAGAGACUUAUAAUUAUUUGCUGGCUAAGAAGUUAAUGAGAGAAUCACAACAACAGACUGGAAAACUAGACAAAGAAUUAGAUGAAUAUAUGCAUGACGACAAAAAACCCAGUCCAAAAGAAGAAGAAAAUGGACCAAGCCAUCUCAAACGUAAACGGCCUAUUAAAGACAGAAUAGGAAACAGAUUAGAAAUGAAUUAUAAAGGUCGGUAUGAGAUUACAGAAGAGGAUCCUGAAGAAAAAGUAGCAGAUGAAAUUUCUUUCAGGCUUCAGGAACCAAAGAAAGAUCUGAUAGCACGCAUAGUAAGAAUAAUUGGAAACAAAAAAGCAAUUGAACUGCUGAUGGAAACUGCAGAAGUUGAACAAAAUGGUGGACUUUUAAUAAUGAAUGGGAGCAGAAGAAGAACACCAGGUGGAGUUUAUCUAAAUCUAUUGAAAAAUACACCAAGCAUCAAUGAAGGACAAAUUAAGGAAAUUUUCUAUAUUGAAAAUCAAAAAGAAUAUGAAAAUAAAAAAGCUGCUAAGAAAAGGAGAGUACAAGUCUUGGGGAAAAAGAUGAAGCAGGCUAUUAAAGGUCUUAAUCUUCAAGAAUACGAUGAUGCAUCUCGAGAAACUUUCGCAAGUGACACAAAUGAGGCUUUGGCUUCUUUGGAUGAUUCACAGGAAGCACAUGGAGAAACAAAGUUAGAUUCAGAAGAAGCCUUUGAGAUUGAUCAUUCUGUUGAUUUGGAGGUCUUUUAAUAACAUCUUUAAUAGCUAGGGGAAUAAAUUUUUCUAAAAAACAAUUGAAGUUAACUUUUUUAUUACACUUUGACUAUUUCGUUUGCCUUUGCACAUGUUACCUAACUAAAAGACAUUUAAUUUUCUGUUUUGAAGAACACUGUAUGUGGGGGAUGAAACUAAUAAGAGAUGUUACCUGUUGUUUUUAAGUCUUGUCUGGCUAAAUAAAAAGCUCAAGUGUGUUGAAGUCAUACUUCUUUUAUCAAUCUAUUGCAUGUGAUAAACUGUAGGCAAGAGUAGUAAUAACUUAAAGCAUGACUGAUAAUAGGAAAUCUGUUUGAAUUUUCUCUCUUAAAAACUCAAUAAGCUACUUUUAGAACUUCUUUAAACAUUCCACCUCUAUUUAAGUUUAGUUUUUCUGAUUUCCUGAGGCCCCUCAGCAACUUAGAGAAGUUAGAAACUCUAAAUUAUAACAUGACCUGACUUUUGCUCUCAAUUCUUUUGUUUUAUUUCACCAACUCGAUUGGGUGAAAAAUAAAAACUUUUCAGGAAGUCUUAGUUUAUCUUGUUACUUUAUUCCAAUAAACAGGGUAAAAUGCUAAUUAUUACUAAGAUAUAUCCCAGACCUGUAGUACACAUUCAGAAAAAUUUUAGAUCUCAAUUUCAACUCUUGCUAAUCAACUUUAGCAAAGUAUCAGAUAUAAUUUCCCAUUUCUUCAUAAAGAAAAAAAAUAAACACUUAAAAUGGUAAAGAGAACAAAGUUUACUGGAAUCGUGAUUUUAGUUUGCAAAUAACUAAAAGUAUAAAGCCAGCAAAAAUGUGCAAGAGAAAAUGAUAUAUAUCUCAUUGUUUUACAAAAUCUUGAAAUACGUUAGUGUUUCAAAUUUGGAGCUAAGUGGGAAGAAGAGAGAUUCUCACAGAUACCUUUUGAUUUGUAAAGCCUGCAAAAAUAAAAUUUGAUUUCUGAUAA